CCCCUGGCUACAGAUAGGCUGUUUACUUUGCCCUAGGGCCCUCUUUAAGAAGGUAUCCGUUAUCACGACUUCGGCACUUAGUCCAUCCUCCUAUAACUACUCCUCCUCCAACCAAGUCAACAUGUCUACCACCUCCGAGAUCGCGCCCACCAAGUGCGUGGGCCCCGACUACCGCGCCGAGGAGCAGAAGCCCACCGCCACCGUCUCGACCGCCGUCAACUUCGACAACGUCACCGUUCUCUCUCAGACUCCCCAGCUCAUCGCUCUGCUCAGCAUUAUCCGUGACAAGCGGACCGACCGCGGCGACUUCAUCUUCUACUCCAACAGAAUCAUCCGUCUUCUCGUCGAGGAGGGCCUCAACCACCUCCCCACCGUCGAGCACCCCGUUACUACCCCCGUCGGCCGCAUGUACGAUGGUUUGGCGUUCCAGGGCAAGAUUUGCGGUGUCUCCAUCAUGCGCGCCGGCGAGGCUAUGGAGCAGGGUCUGAGGGACUGCUGCCGCUCCGUCAGAAUCGGCAAGAUCCUUAUCCAGAGAGACGAGGAGACUGCUCAGCCCAAGCUCUUCUACGACAAGCUUCCCGAGGACAUUGCCGACCGUUGGGUCCUUCUCCUCGAUCCCAUGUUCGCCACUGGCGGAUCUGCCAUUAUGGCCGUCGAGGUGUUGAAGUCUAGGGGGGUUCCCGAGGAGCGUAUUAUCUUCCUCAACAUUUUGGCUAGCCCCGAGGGCAUCAGCAACUUUGCUUCCAAGUUCCCCAAGCUCCGGACAGUAACUGCCUUUAUCGACCAAGGUCUCGAUGACAAGAAUUACAUUGUCCCCGGUCUCGGUGACUUCGGCGAUCGCUAUUACUCCAUGUAAAGUGUGAAGGGGCGUAGAUAUCGUUGGUUGUGCUGACUUCCUGGUAGUGAAGAUUGACUUUGGGAAAUGGCGUCAAGCGUAGUAAUGGAAUACCCACUCUGGAAAAGUAACAAAAUGAGUUUCGUGCUGCUGUUCAU